AUGGCGGUCUUUCGCCCUCGUCGUCCGCCGGGACGUCGACGCAUUCCCUGGACAUGGUCCGUCCUGGGUCUCCUCGUGAUGCUGUACCUUUGCUUUCGCCGGAAUCCCGCCCCUGACUCGUACCGACUAGACUGUACUCCAGAUGAUCCGUCGUGUUGUCCCAAUCUCCACGGUAUGGAAGACAUACUGGUGAUUUUGAAAACAGGCGUGACCGAGGCGCAUGAGAAGGUCCCCACGCAUCUGAAGACCACGCUUCGCUGCGUCCCGAAUUACGUCAUCUUCUCCGAUUACGAAGAGGAAAUUGACGGCGUACGCGUCCACGACGUCCUGCGCGGUCUCUCCAAUGAAGUAAUCUGGUCGAAUCCUGAAUUCAACGUCUACCAGCGCGUGCGACAGGCGGGCCGACCGGGUCUAACGGUGGAGGAUCUCAAUCCCGACGUGAACUCAGUGUUCGGUAAACCGAAUAACCCCGGGUGGAAGUUGGAUAAGUGGAAGUUUCUUCCGAUGAUUGACGAAGCGCUGAAGGUUAACCACAAGGUGAAGUGGUACGUGUUCAUGGAGGCGGAUACAUACUUUGUUUGGCCGAAUCUGGUCGCCUGGUUGGCGCAGUUGGAUCCUCUUCGGCCGUAUUAUCUCGGAAACCAGAUGCAGAUUCUGGAUGUGUUGUUCGCGCACGGCGGGUCGGGGUUCGUGUUGUCGCGACCAGCGAUGGAGCGAGCGUCCGCAUUGCGACAGAAGGAUGUCGCACGGUGGGAUGAAGUCACCAGGGGACAUUGGGCGGGAGACUGCGCACUGGGUCAAUUGCUCCGGGAGGCAGGGGUCGGUCUUCUCUGGGCCUGGCCGGCGCUGCAGAUCGGGCCCCCAGAGGAAAUGGAUUAUUUCUCAGAGGGAUACUCCAAAAUCCCGUGGUGUUAUGCCCCCGUUACAUUCCAUCAUCUGACGCCUGACGAGGUGGAAGAUCUCUGGCAUUUGGAUCGCGGAUGGUUCAGUGCCGGUCACAAACAUCUCUUGUAUCGCGACGUGUUUAUGCAGGUCAUCCGGCCACAAUUGACAGGGACCCGGUCCGACUGGGAUAACAAGAUAGACCCAAAGAGUUCCAUCUCAAGCCUCACUCGCACGAUACUAGAGUGUCGACAUAGAUGCCUGUAUGACCCGGAGUGCGUGCAGUACGCAUUUCAGUCCGACACGUGUUGGAUCUCGUCGGUAGCGAAGUUGGGCAUUGCAUCUGCUGGCAUCAGUUCGGGUUGGAUCCCGGAGAGAAUCGAUGUCUUGGUAGAGGAUAUGGGAUCUUGUCCACAGGCGCAGUGGGUGGUUUGA